GAUUUCAUAAGCUUCUGACCGAAUAAAGAACAACACGUUAGAUUCAUAAUGAAAGCCACAGCAGCUUUAAUUUUGGUUUGCUUAAGCAGUCUGUCAUUCGUCGCAGGAAAUGAAGAAUUUAAAGAAACAUUUCACAAAUUCUUGGAAAUUCUGUGUGGAGAAGAACCACAAAGUGAGGAGAAACUGCAGUGCCUACAAUUGUUGCCUGAAGAAGUAAGAAGUAUGGCUGCUGAAAAAACUGGAUGUGAAAGUGAAGACCACACGUGCAUCGUGAAAACUUUGUGUGAAAAUGAAGAGAUGCGAAAUGAUGUUAUAACAAAUGUAAGAGAGAAUCCUGAAGAACUGGGUUUUGACGAAGAAACCAGAAACAAAGUAAAGGAGUGCAUGGAUCAAUACGUAGAAGAAUAACAGCUUCUCAUGUUCUUGGCUCUGAGCUGUGUGCUAUUAAGCAGAACAAAUCUCUAUACUAAUGUCCUGGAAUGGGUGGAAUUGUGUUUAAUAUUCUUGUAUUAAAAUAAACAGUUCGGUGUUAUUUUAAUAGUA